AUGGCAUUAGUGAUCCAACAAGUUCAGUGUUCAUAUACUCCUUUAAGGCCUAUAUCUUGGACUGGUAAGAUCGAGUCGAAGAAAUUUUUAGCAGCGUUUCCAAAGGUUGGAACAUAUGGUAUUUUAUCGAAUCACACAUCACUCUUAUGCAUAACACUUCCUCCACUUAUUCAUGUAUUAAAGCGGAAAUCACUAAGAAUGUUAUCCUUUAAAGCCGGUAUUCAAGAUAACAAAGAAAUAAUGUAUGAUGCAAAAGAGUUUCAAAACAUUGAAUCCCCGGUUACAGUUGAAUCAAAUGGGACCAUAGCAGGGUCUGUAGCUGUGCAGAACCUAUUCAAAAGUUGGUUGACAUUGUUACGUAUGCCUUCACCCCAUCAACCAGCAGAAGGGAUGCUAGAGGGGCCAUUCUUGCACAAUAUAGUUGAAGCGGAGGACAGUGUUCAAGAUAGUGGAAGAGGUGAGAUAUUGAAAAUAGUUUGGUGCAACCGUUUGGGUUUGCAUUCAACGAUAAAGAUAACCGCAAUCAUUUUCAUACCCAUGUACCUGGCAGUUAGUAUGAAAUAUGGAGCAGAAGUUGUAAAGGAGCUGGCUCCUUUGUGGACCGGUGGACCUCUGAUCGUGGCUGCAUAUGCAACCAUGAUUCAGUUGAUAUCCUCGCUCUAUAUUUUUAGCUUCAGGCAAUCAGUUAAGCUACUAAAGAAGUCACCAAUGGUGUACGAUUAUGUUGCUGGUGGCAAGCUCAAUGAACUGAUGAUACCCGUGGCCCGUUUUUGGAGCUUAGGCAACAAAGAAAUGUCGAAAAGAAUGCUGAAAGAUUUUCAUCUAUGGGUGGUGGAUAUAUGUAUGGACUAUGUGGAAUCAAUAUGGCCUUCUUAUUGCAAGUUGAUCAGGUUUUUGAAGAGAGCAAAUUUCAUCUAG